AUGAGAACUUGGUCUUCUUUGAAGGAGCAUUUACCAACCCCUUCUAGUGGGAGCAAUGAGGUUGAAGAAGAAUCGCUUAAUCAUCAACAAGUGUCUAAGGAGUCAAGUGGUGAUUUCCCUAGCAAGUGGAAUGAUUCAAGUGAUGAAGAUUCCAGGGAUGUCCAAGAGAUCGGUGCAAGUGAGUUUGUUCCAAAGAGCAAGCGUCUUGAAGAGAUUGAAGAUACACAUUCAAGUGUGUAG